GUGAAAGCAACGGCUUCGGGUUUGAAUUGUGGGGAACGGCCCGAGGGGGCGGGGCCUGAGGCCCAGUUGUGGGCGGGGCCUGAGGCCCAGUUGUUUACCCGCCGCCCGCGCUAUGCCGGAGAAUGUGAUGGAGGCCGAGGCCCGGCUCCAGCCUCGGCUGCGCUCGGUCGGCAACCCCCAGCGGUCCUUCCUCAUCUUCUGCAACCGGAGCCGGCGGUCCGUCAGCCCCAUCUGGAUCAACUACAGCGGCGACCCGGUGCCUUACCCCGACAUGGUGGCCCGCACAGGCCGCAGGAUGAACACCUUCAUGGGCCAUCCGUGGAUCUUCCGAGACGCAGUCCACGAAGAUCGACUGCUUGGAAACGGGCAGGAGAUCUUUAUGUCGCCUCCCGGGCAAGUGGAUGAAAACGGGGUGCCGAGCUACAUAAUGGUCAACAUCACUAUUCCAGUUUAUACACUAAAGGAGAGAUGCCUACAAGUGGUGCGGAGUCUUGUGAAGCGCGAGGAUUACAGAAAGCUGGAGAUUGUUAGGUCACUGUACGAAGAUCUGGAAGAUGGGCCAAACAUCCAGAAAGACCUCAGGCAACUACAACAGCUGUCUGAAAACUCGGAGAAUUUAGAAGUUAACUAAGUAUUGGAUGAAUGAGAACUUGAACUGUUUUUUCCCAAAGCCAUGACUUAUUGCACCGAGCCAAGUUAUGAGUGUCUUAUUGGAACACACUCCACCCACCAUCAGAUUGUGAUUUGCCCAUUGACAUUGUCCAGGAAAAGGAAACUUUUUUUUUUACAAGAGGGGCAAACUGAACUUUGUCCAAUUGAGGGUUUCCCUAAUUUUUUUUUUAAAAAAACAAAAUUUGUUGGAAUUUUUUAUUUUGGUGUAGAUUUUGACUUCUUCUUGGACUAAGAUGUUAACAGAAUUUGCUUUUCCUUUCGUCUAAAUUGAUGGGUUCAAAAUACUUAUAUUUCGUAGCUCAGGGGUCAAAUGGACCAAUACAAUUGAGCCACAUAGACAAGAAGGUUGUAGAUUUGAUCCUUGGUCUGUGUAGAAUUAGUCAUUGAUAAUUAGUCUAUGCUGUGGGAGUAGGAGGAGAAAAAUGAGCCAGGUGUCUGCUCUUCACUCCUGUACCAAAGGAGCAGUUUUUGGAGUCUUACUAAAGGACCAGUUUGAUGAUGUUAAUAGCAGCGUGGAGAGAAAAACAUUGUCAACUUAAAACAUAAUCAUAUUCAUUUUGCUUGCACUCAGCCUAAAAGGGAUGUGGAGCCUUACGCACUACACAGGCAGCAACAUAUGCUUUCACAGACUUUAGAAAUUCAAGUUGAAUUGAUUGGCUGUACAUUUCGUUUGACAAGCUAUCUUAUACAGUAGUUAGAAUUUAAAGGCAUGUUCUAGUGUCCGGGUCAUAUCGGAUCAUCAAUAAUGACUUAUAUUUCCAUAGCGUCCUUUAUGUAGGACAGCGUCUCUGAACCACUGUGGUCAGUGUUGAGCAGCAGAGACUUAUACUUUUUUUUUAAUAUAAAUAAAUCAACCAACCACAUGUUUAUACAUAUUCCAUUGUAUAUAUUCCGUAUGUAUUAUUAAUACUCUAAUUAAACUCAUCUAAUUAUGCAA